ACCUUUGGGAAUUCUUAGCGAAGCCAGUCAGCCUCCUCCACAUCAGAGUUAUAGAGUCCUGACAAAGACACCACUCAUCUCGGAGGAUGAGGACAUCUUGCCCCUGCGCCCUCCUGCUGCUGGAGGUGGUGGCCUUGGCCCUGACCCAGAACUGCGCAGGCUCACACUGGCUGCAGUCUUUCGACACCGUGACUUACGGGCCGGACACCUGGGAGCCCAGGUUCAUCCAUGUCUGCUAUGUGGACGCCACACAGGUCAUGGGAUUCGAUAGCAACGCGGCGACUGCCAAGAUGGAACCUCGGGCUCCUUGGAUGAAGCAGGAGCCGCCUGAGUAUUGGAAGGAAGAAACACAGGAAGCCCUGUACAAGUCACAGGGUGAUCGAAAGUUUCUUGAGGUCCUGAUGAACUACUACAAACACAGCAAGGGCGGCUAUCCCACCCUACAGAAGGUGCUCGGCUGCAAUGUGGAAAAUAAUGGGAGCUUCCUCCGCGGUCACUAUCGGUUCACCUAUUAUGGCCACGAUUACAUCACCCUGAAUGAGGACCUCAGCUCUUGGACUGCAGAGGGCAAGGCAGCUCAACUCAUAAAGCAAACCUGGGAGACACACCAUAAGGCAGAGCACUGGAGGACUUACCUGCAGGGGAAAUGUGUGGAAAUGCUUCGUAGAUGCCUGGACCUGGGGAAGGAGACAUUGCUGCGCUCUGACCCUCCUCAAACGUAUGUAACCCAUCAAGUGAGACCUGGAGGGAAUGUCACCCUGAGGUGCUGGGCCCUGAACUUCUACCCUGCUGAGAUCACCCUGAGCUGGCAGAGGGAUGGGAACAACCAGACCCAGGACAUAGAGCUGGGAGACACCAGGCCUGCAGGAGAUGGAACCUUCCAGAAGUGGGCAGCUGUGGUGGUCCCUUCUGGAGAGGAGCUGAGAUACACAUGCCAUGUGAACCAUGAAGGGUUACCUGAGCCCCGCAUUCUAAGAUGGGAGCCUCCUCUGCCAACCAUCUCCCUCAUGGUGAUUCUUAUUGGACUGCUUCUUGGAGCUUUGGUUAUGGGAACUGUGGCGAUUUUUCUGAUACAGAAGAAAUAA